AAUGUGACGUUGCGAAUGUCAUAUGACUACACAACAGGAAGAGCAGGAAAUGAGAAGGUGGUAUGUUUUUUUUUUUAAAAGAACCUGCAGUUAAAACAAAGACUGGUAAUAAUGGCCACUAUCAUCAAGGAAACGCUUAGUAUUAAGGAGGCAAUGACGCACAUUAACACAAUUGACAUCAGCAAGUUUUCUCGGCUCCUCUCGCGAAUCUUGCAGAAACUACAUCUAAAGACAGAGCGCCCUUUUAGUGAGGAGGAGGAGGAGAAGCUGCAGAGUGCUCUAGCCAUGGAGAAGCCUGUCCUAACUCUGGUGCUGGAGACCAUCUCUUUUAUUUUGGAACAGGCUGUGUACCACAACACAAAACCAGCCACUCUGAAGCAACAGCUGGAGGCAUUAGGCAUGGAAUCAGAUAAGGCAGACACUCUGUGCCAGGCUUGGACCACCACUGGCCCAGAUGUCAUUGAGAAGAUCCGAGAGAGAAUCUUUGCUCCUAAAAAGCUGGAGCAGGUCGGCUGGCAAAUGAGUCUGCAGAUGGGCCAGUCCAACCAGGCCAAGCUCAAGGCCCCCCAUGCUGUGCUGGAGCUUGGACUUCAACAUGAAGAUACAGAGCAACGGGAGAAUGUCCUAGUGGAGUUCAACCAUCAGCAGCUGCUGGAGUUCUACCACAAGCUAGAGACGAUACAAGCUCAGCUGGACUCGCUCACUUGAAGCCACCCCACCCCACCAUCCGCUUCAUACAGAUUAAGCAAUGAAGGCUGGGCUCUCCAUGCACUGAGCAGGGGGAACAACUGAUGGACGAUUUUAGUAUUAUGUUAAUUGUUCUUUUUCUACAAAAUUCUCUGAACACCUCUUGUUAUUUUCUAAACCUUUUUAUUGUUCAGACCCUGAAGUGGAACACAUACUUUGUGUAUAUAAAAAAAUAAAAAUAUAUGGGUUUUUUUUU